AUGGUUAAUGUUACUUCCACCGCAAAUGGCGAUAUCCUCACAUAUUACGAUGUGGACGGCGUUCCCUCGCCUCUCAUCUACAACCUCGGCAACAUUGCCUGGAUCAUUGUCGCCUCGGCGUUGGUGUUCAUCAUGAUUCCCGGUCUUGGGUUCUUCUACGCCGGUCUGCUAAGGAAGAAGUCGGCGCUCUCGAUGAUCUGGAUGUCGAUGGCCGUCAUGUCGGUCGUCACUUUUGAAUGGUUCUUCUGGGGUUUCUCGCUCGCCUUUUCCACCACUUCGAGCAACAAGUUCAUUGGUAACCUCGACAACUUUGGUCUGAUGGGUGUCGACAUCAACCCUUCGACUGGAGGCACCACGCUUCCGCAGCUGCUGUUCUGCAUCUACCAGAUGAUGUUCGCCGGAAUCACGCCCGUAAUUGCAUGCGGUGCGUUUGCGGACCGCGCGCGUCUGGGACCCGUGCUACUCUUCACGUUCGCGUGGUCCACGAUCGUGUACAACCCCAUUGCCUACUGGACCUGGAACGUCGGCAAGGGCUGGGCCAACGUCAUGGGUGGACUCGACUUUGCUGGUGGUACGCCCGUGCACAUUUCUUCCGGCACGGCUGCGCUCGCCAUCUCGAUCUUCCUCGGCAAGCGCAAGGGGUACGGCACCGAGCAGCUGGCGUACCGCCCGCACAACGUGGCAUAUGUGGUGCUGGGAACCGUGUUCCUGUGGUUCGGCUGGUUCGGGUUCAAUGGUGGUUCGGCUCUCGGUGCUAACCUGCGUGCGGUGCAGGCCAUGAUGGUGACCCAGGUGGCUACCGCGGUGGGUGGACUGACCUGGAUGUUCUGGGACUGGAGGCUCGAGAGGAAGUGGUCCGCCGUCGGCUUCUGCUCCGGUGCCAUUUCGGGUCUGGUUGCCAUCACACCUGCGUCCGGUUACGUCGGUACGCCCGCCGCGGUCGCGUUCGGUGUGGUGGGUGGAACUGCGUGCAACUUCGCCACGGGCCUCAAGAACGUGCUUGGCUACGACGAUGCGCUCGACAUCUUCGCUGCGCACGGCGUGGGUGGUAUCGUGGGCAACAUCCUGACGGGCUUCUUCGCCGACUCGCGUGUCGCAUCCUUCGACGGCUCGACGCCCAUCCCCGGCGGAUGGAUCAACCACAACUGGGUGCAGCUGGGCUACCAGCUCGCCGACUCAGCCUCGGGCUUCGGUUGGUCGUUUGUCGUCACGCUCAUCCUGCUGUUCGCUAUCGACCGCAUCCCCGGCUGCCACUUCCGCUCGACUGAGGAAGACGAGGUGCUCGGCAUCGACCUCGCCCAGAUCGGCGAAGAGGUCAUGGUGAUCCCCCUGCUCCACGACUUUGUCAACCCGGAACAGGGCGCCGAGGUCCACCAUGCCACGGGCUCCCAAGACGUCAAGUUCUCCCCCGCCCACAGCGAGAAGGACCUCGAGGCCCAGGCUCCCUCCCAGGCUGCCUCGGCAUAA